GAUAAAGAAUGAAAGGCAUGACGUAUGUAUCGCAAUUUAUACAAAAUAUUUCCGUAAAUAUUAUUUGCCCAUGGGCACCUGAUGCCACAACGUCACAGACCGGUGACGUUCAAUGGUGCAUCUAAGAGCAGACUCCAGAUGGUUGUUUGACGUAGAGACGUAGCACAGUCAUUCACACGGGUACUUCAACACCUGGCGAACAUCCUGUGGAUUACUUGUACAUUCUGCAUGCGACCUAUUGUUAUACUAAAUCAGCAUUACGUGUUUAAUACAACUUUCCAAAUUUACACAUAUUUUAUUUAAAGUAAUAAGAAUGGUUAUUAUACCGCCAUCUUUCGGUGUGAAGGUGAACUUUUCCAGUUUUCUUAUUGAUCGCUAAAAAAGAAACUAUAAAAUAUGCCAACUCUACAUCCGAAAAUGCCUGAAGUGCCAAUUUUACAUCGUGCCUUAGUAGCUGCCAGAGAAGGGGACUUACAAGGAUUGCAGCUACUUAAAAAAAAUCAAGAUUUAUCUUCGUCGAUACAUGACGAAUUUGGUGCCACUUGUGUACAUUAUGCAGCCAGAGGCGGGAACGUUAAAGUAUUAGAUUAUUUAAUAAACUCUUGUGGGAUGAAAGCCACAUCUAGGUCCUACGUGGGUGCCACACCUGCCCACGAUGCAGCUGCUAUGGGUAAAAUGUCCGCGUUGUUGUGGUUAUUAAAGCAUACGGACUGUACACUAUGGGACAGAGAUAAAGACGGCGCCACAGUUCUACAUGUUGCUGCCAGGUACGGACGACGCCAUGUUCUUAAAUGGUUAUUGAGAGAAGCCAAGAUGCCCGCUUUGGAGAAAACAGCAACUGGUGCUUUGGCAUUGCAUUAUGCCGCUGCCAAAGGAUGCCUCGAUUGUGUUAAACUACUAGCCGAAUCAUGCCCCGAAUUAAGUGCCAAUGCUCAAAUGGAAAACAAUGUGACACCCGUUUAUCUAGCGGCUCAAGAGGGCCACUUGGAUGUACUAAAAUAUCUCGUUUUAGUAGCAAGUGGCUCUUUAUAUCUGAGGGCCAAAGAUGGAAUGGCACCCAUCCACGCUGCUUCGCAAAUGGGGGCUACCAAAUGCGUAAAGUGGAUGGUGGAAGAACAAGGCGUAGAUCCAAAUCUUCGAGACAACGAUGGCGCAACACCCGUCCAUUUUGCAGCAAGCAGAGGUCAUCAGGAAACUCUAAGAUGGCUGUUGAAGCAUGGAGGACGAAUUCUGCUAGAUAAAUAUGGCAAAAGCCCUUUAAACGAUGCCGCAGAAAAUGAACAUAUGCAAUGUCUGGCUUUGCUGGUGGCUCACGCAUCUGAUCCUCGCCAUCAAGAUAAUCCAAGUUUAUCUAAUUUAAUACCACCAAAUGGGCAAAAUGGCUUCAGGAGUCAUAGAAGAUGCACCUGUAGGACAUCGGCACCUAGUCGAUCCUAUUCAGGGCACAGGAGGAUGGAUUCGGACGGUUGUUCUUGCCAGUCGACAGCAUCAGAAGAGAGCUACAGCUGUACAGAGGACUACCCCUCCGACAGUACAGUUUCGUCGGUUAGAGGGCCCUCCUGGAAUUAUUACGCCGGAAGAAGGGACAGGAGAGAGAUAAGUCGACCUCAUCAUCACCACCACCAUCAUCCACCGGUCCAAGUUCGAAAUACGCCACCGAAUGCUCAGCAGCAUCAGAGGAGUGCCAGCGGGAGUAGUUCAGGUAGCAGCAGAAAAACAGAACCCACUACCCAUCCUGUUGAAUCUACAUCGGGGACACCUUCCGGGUCCCAACAGCCAUUUUUUCUCCAUGAACCUAAUAUGACCUCUGAUGAUCGAGUGAAAAAAUUAUUCGGAAGUGAAAAGCAAGAAGCAUUCAAGUCAAAUACCCAUCUAGUUACCGCGGAAGUCCACCAUAACUCCGACGAUUGCAUGAGCGUUUCUGACGUCAGCGAUCCGGUACCCGAUUACGACGACCACGUAAGAACGCCUACCAAUAACGAAGCACAGACAUCGUCCGAAGCUUGCAGCCUCAGCACCGACGAGGGGAUCUCCCAGGAGAACGAAGAAGGCUAUCCACAAGCCUUACAAGAGUUGAUUGACGUGUUAGUUGGUCAAGCUACGGAUACGGAAGAAGACAGCUGCACCAUUAAGACCCUCUCCUCACAAAGGGCAUCCGAAGUGGAGGAUGCCCGAUCCGACGACGGAUCUAAGACUUUGGAACAAGAGGAGAUCGAUGAAACUGUGGUUAAGGUUCCGCUUACAGAAACCGUUUCUUGUCCAGCCGAAGUCGAAAUCAGGCCCAAAAAGCAACCCGCACCUCCUCCACCUCCUAUUCCGACCAUAAUCACCACUAAAAAACGCGAAAGUGACUCCAACGAAGCAGAAGUAUCGCACGAAGAACCGGUAGAAUUUAAGAAGAAACUGCUUGUGAGGGGUCAACCUAAAAGUUUACCUUUCAUACCACCGCAGUUUCACUCACCGCCUGAUUCUGAUGUGAACAUAAAGCCUUCCGAAUACUUGCGGAAGGUGACCAAAAAAUCCGGCGACGAACCGGAAGUGAACGGCGAUACCAAAACGGCGAAUGGCGGCGACCCGGAUGGUGACACAAUCAGCAUUUCCGGUGAGAGUGUGACCAGAGUCGAUCAAGUCACGGAUCAGGCGGAUAAGAAGAUGAAUGGCCACAUAAGUCCCAGUGCUAAUUCGCCUAAUAAGUUUUUCAGUGUUACAGUGGAACAGUUACAAACGAUACAGCUGAAGAAAACUGAUAAACCUACAGAAACUCGAGCUGUACUACUUCAAAAGAAUGACUUGAUUACAGAAUUAAAGCAAUCUAAAGAUAUACAAGGCAUUAAAAAGAUGAAGGAAGAAAGAAGUAAAACUGAAGAAGAAAUGGAGAAGAAGAAAGCAAUAGAACUGUCACAGCAGUUCUCAGUAGAAAAUUUUGUGGAUAAAGUUCCAGAAAAAGAUGCUAAUGGAUGUGUUAUUCCUGCCUGGAAACGCCAAGUAAUGGCGAGGAAAGCUGCAGAUAAAGCGAAGAAAGAAGCAGAAGAACAAAGACAAAGAGAAGCAGAAGAAAGGAGGUUGAAUUCCAUACCGCCUUGGAAGAGACAACUUUUACAACGUAAAGAAUCGAAAGAUGUUUCUGUUAUAACAAAUUCCGUUCAAAAGCCAGUUGUAGGAAAUUUGGCUAAAGCACCUUCGAUGGAUAACUUAGACGAGAAGAAAGAGGAAGAUGUGCAACACACAGAAACAAACGGAACGGUUAACGGACAAGCAGACGAAGAAUCGGAAGAAGAUCGACCACCAAAUCCUUGGUUGCAUCAACUACGUAAAACUAACAUAGUCUUUCGGUGAUUACCUAUCGUUAUAUUAUUAAAGGAAGGGAAAAGAAAAGAGAAAUAAAUUUCAUAUGUAAAGAAAACAGUUCCUGAAAGAUCUGAUAUUGAAACAGCCUUUCAUAUUGUAAAGAUUUAUAUGAUAUAAAUAUAUAUAUAUAUUUUUUUAGUCAGUAAAUACGAUCUUUUAUGCCAAAGGAAGGUCAGAGAAUCAUAAUUUUUCAGGAAAAAAUUUUUAAGUAAAUAAAUUUUUUAUAUAUAGGCCUAUAUAAAUAUAUUAAAUAUACGAAAAAGAAACCUAAGACUUCGUUAUAUAAAAUAGUAAAAAUCAUGUGAAAGUUUCGUGUAAAAUUUUCGUUUUGGUGAAGGAAACUUUCCUAUUUUAAGGGAUGUUCGUUGUUAUUAUUGUUGUAUCGUUUAUACGAGAGACUAUACAAUGACGAGUGAAAGCUUUACAGAGACCAUGGUGAAGGGCCAUGGGUAAUUAUGGCUUAACAUGGAGAAAAAUAAUGUAAUAUAAUUAUUAUUUGUAUUACGAUUCAAAUAAAAUUUUAAUGAUGCUAAUUUUGUAUUGUGUUUAAUAUAAGUUGUACUCAGUUUAUCACUUUUAAAAUUAAAAUUAUAAUUUAAUAUUUAAGAAAUAUUGCACGUGCUGCCAUCUGUCAUUCAAAUUUAUAAACUGUUUUUUGUACCUAGAGAG